UUCAACACCUUUCUUCCGUUCUUUCUCUCUUCCUCAUGUGUUUUGGUUUUGGUCAUGGAGACCUCAAAUAAGGCUACUGCAUCUCCAUCUUCAACAUCAUCAAAUUUGAUUGUAUUUGCUAGAUUAUCUGGUCUUCUAGUUGCAGUGCUAGUUCUUGUUUGGGGUCUUUCCUUUCGAUCAAACUUCCUUUCUCACACCUCACCAACUCACACUCGCAUCUACUCUGUUCUUCAUUAUCUUGUAAUGGUGAUAGGUUUUGUACUCAUCAGCGGAGAAGCAAUAUUGGUGCAUAAAUGGUGUCCAGGGUCGAGGAAUUUGAAGAAAUUGGUACAUUUAACUAUGCAGGGAGUUGCUUUGGCAUCUGGCAUUUUCGGAAUUUGGGCAAACUUUCAUGUGGAAAUAGGGGUUUUAUCUAAUUUCUACAGUUUACAUUCUUGGAUGGGUUUGAUCUGUAUCUCCUUGUUUGCUGCUCAGUGGUUAAUGGGGUUAUUUAGCUUUUGGCAUCAAGGAGAGGAGCGCACCACAAGGAUAAGGGUGUUACCAGGGAAUGUGUUUCUUGGGCUCUAUAUAUAUGCAUUAGCCAUUGCAACAGCUGAGACAGGUCUACUUGAGAAGCUGACAUUCUUAGAAGCAAAGAAGAAGGUUCUGAAACAUUCUCUGGAGUCGGUAGUGGUCAAUAGUUUAGGACUAGGAUUAGCUUUAGUUAGUGGUAUUGUAAUACUGACUGCUGUUUCUCCAGGGAAUCAAAGCAUUCCAACUAAAAUCGUAUAUUCAAGUACUGACAAGCGGCCAUCAUCAUAAAUACAAACCUUUUCUAUUUAUACUGUUACAUAUCCACGGGAGAGAAUUGGUUUGCACUAAUACAAGAACGUCAAAUUCUUUAUUUUUGGUAUUUGUUUCACUAUCCACUCUUCAAGUUUCGAAUUGUGCAAAUUUUGUACUUUCUAUGUUUUUCAGAUUACUGAUAUAAUCGAUCUUACUCCAAGCAAGUUUGUGUAAAUGUACCCCUGUUGCUGUUGCAGGCUUGUAAUACAAGGCAUUAUUCAUCUUUCCAAA